AUGAAGGUCUUCCCGCUGCUUCUAGCGGCGGCCUCCGUGGGCGCGCUUUCGACACCUCUGCAGACGACCUUCGACUCUGAGGAAGUGGAGUCCACUUUGGAUUGGGAACGUGCCCCGAGCCCCGAUGCUACCGGGCAUCUUAUCUUCAAUUCCGUCAGCUCAGUGCUUCAGCGCUGGCCGAACACUAUCAAGCGCCCGGGACACAGUUUUGUGCCCGCUACAAUGCCUGCUGGUACCAUCGUCUACCAUGGCCGGGGUAGCGCCGAAGUACCCACAAAGCCUGAAUGGCUUGCAUUCGACUUUGAGCACGCAUAUAUCUUCGCGCGUGGUCAGCAGGGUCAUGUCCUGACGUUCGCAACAACACGCGCAUUGAAGUUGAUCUAUCUCGAUGGCGCGUCUGCCGCUAAGAUCGACGACGGCGCACUCGACACACAAGACCUCAUCAUGUACCGUGAGGUCAAAGGCGGUGAGGGUCAUGAGCGCGGCGGGAUGGGGGAGCAUGAACGUAUUGAGAAGCUAUGCCAGUGGGGAAAACCACUCGGUGUAGACGGUUUCGUGCGGAUGGAGUUCCACUUUGAGGUCAUGUACUGUGACUUCUCCGACGGUGUUGAACUGGUAUCCGCACUUCAAAUUCUCCCGCAAGGUGGACAUGGCGGCCCUGGAGGGCCGGGAGGCCCGCCUGGUCCAGGUGGUCCGGGGGGUCCAGGGAGACCCGAGCGCUUAUCAGAGGACACCUCUGAGGAGGAGCUUCUGCAUCACCGCCCGUUCUUCGAUGGAGACGAGGAGGAGGAGGAUCACCACCACCACCACCCUCACCGUCAUGCGGAAGAUGUCCAAGAUCGUCACCAUCCUUCUCACGGCUAUUCCAAGGGCUCCGAGCAUAGUUGCGAACACCAAUCUCAGGACGAACACGCUUCCCGUCACCACCGUCACCACCGCCCCAGCUUUUUCGAGUUCGUAGCGCACAAGCUCGGCCUUGACAGGUUUAUCUUCCACCGCCGUCCAGGUCACAACAAUCGCCUUCAUGCACACGAAGAGCAUGGACAGCCUUCGUCUCAUCACGGCGCCGUCAAGCUCAGCUUUGAGAGCGAGAAGUUCAUCGCAGAGCACGCUCAUCACCAUCACGGACAUCCGGUGGACGCAGGAUAUCCCGAGCAUGACGAACCACCGCAUCGCCCUCAUCACGGGAAGGACGGCGUUGACGCUCACCACGAGCAGGGACACAGCAUGAAGUUCAAGGCAGACAGGCUUGACGGCCCGCGCUUUUCCUCCAGCGAGCAUACGCAUCGCCAUCACGAGUACCAAGGGCAGGAGCAUAGGCCUGAUAGCGAUGAACUCGACAAUAGCCGGCGCCAAUCUGCGCACCGCCGCCCAAACUCCGAUGACGGUAGCAAGUUUGGCCGCCCAUCGCGUCGUCCGUCAGACUUCCCGCACCCGCCUUCACCUCCCCACGACGCCUCUGCGGCAAACCCUUUGGAUGAGCCCCAAAACUCUCAGGAUAGCGGCGACAUGGUGCAGUUGUCCGACGAGCCUUCGCGGCGAGGACCGGGUGGACCGGGUGGCCCCGGUCGAGGCGAACCUGCCACUCCGCCUGCGGGCUGGAAAGGCAGUCUUCCUAGCGCCGGUUUCAGCGAAGCGCGUGUUGCGGGCAAGUGGCACGAUGCUGCGCCGGGUGAGACGCGGGUCCGCCCUGACUUCACCGGGUUCGUCUCGUUGUACGACCCAGCGCUUCAGUCGCUCGUCGAGGCUCGCCGCGGUCUCCCACAUAUCCGGCACCGUAUCAAGGGGAUCUCCGUUGCCGAUGCAGAUGCGAAGAUGAAGGAACUCGAGGAGGUGCUUACGCGUACGUCGGGUGCCACCAGUGGUGUCGAUUGGGCCAGCGUCACGCGCGUUGUGAUUGAGAGGUACUCUCAGCGCCUCGAGUUACUCUCUCACACUCUGCGAUCGGCCAAGUACGACGUCCUGGAGAAGGCCGCAUCUGUCCGAGCCCAGCUGCUCACCAUGCUUGUCCUCUACUUCACUGUUGACGACGUACCCUCUGAGGAUGGAUCACGCGCAUGGCUCGCCCCGGUCGUGCAACGCUGCACGACCACGCAGCUGCGCGCCAUCCCAACGACCCUGCUCACACCUCAAGAACAACUCAUUCACAACGCCGUCGGCGAGACGCUUCGCGAGAUAUGCCGCCGCCUUGCCAUCAUGUUUGAUGCUGCUUACGAUGUUGAAACUGCCACACUCGAAGUGGCGGUGCAGAAGUUGGUUGUUGUCGAGCGCGAGACAAGCGAGUUGAUGGCAUGGCUCGAUUGGAGUGUUUGGGUGAAGUGCCGGCCGGCAUGUGCAAUCGAGGAGAUGUGCGUGGUGCCAACUUGGCCAUUUGGUCGGGAUGAAGACCCUUUUGACAUGACUCCCAAAUGUGUUCGCAUGUCGUCAGUCUAG